AAAAAAAUAAUAAUAAAAGAAGGACGCGCGGAGCGAGCCUCGUGUCGUGGUAGAUUAAAUGCCAAUAUGGCUUCUGCGUGCGCGGUACUGGUGCCGCUAGGAUAAUUGUGGAUCCAGUGUAUACGUUGCGUUGUCCGCUUUAAAGUAAUUCCAAUCCAGACGAGUAUAUAUCGGCGAAUGUGCCACGACCUAUAGAACAGGUCAACAUUUUUGGGGCCGAUUUUUAUACAGCGUAUUCUUUGCUGGCGUUCACGCACGAUUGUCAAUAGCAUCAAGGCCGGUCGAUCAGAAACCGUCGAAUGGAAUAAUGGAGCACAAAAUUCCGUCUGGUAUUCUUGACGAUCUUAGCAGUCGAUUCAUUAUCAAUGUGCCCGAGGAGGAGAGGAAGGAUUUGGUGCGAAUUUGCUUUCAAAUCGAAUUGGCGCAUUGGUUUUAUCUCGACUUCUACUGCACGGAGGAGAAUCCUAAGCUGAGGUCGUGCGGCAUGAAGGAGUUCGCCACUCACAUAUUUCAGCACAUACCAUUCUUGAAACCGCACGUGCAGCAUGUUGACGCUGUGCUCGAACAAUGGCGAGAGUACAAGCAGAACGUGCCGACGUUCGGGGCAAUUGUGCUGAACGAGGAUAUGACCAAGGUGCUGCUCGUGCAAAGCUACUGGGCGAAGAACAGCUGGGGCUUUCCUAAGGGAAAGGUCAACGAGGAUGAGGAGCCGUUUCUUUGCGCCAUUCGAGAGGUGUUGGAGGAGACCGGUUUUGACAUAUCCAACCUGAUAGAUAAAAACGAGUACAUUGAAUCUGUAAUAAACGAUCAGACAGUGAGACUGUACAUUAUUUCGGGUGUGCAAAAGGAUACGAAGUUUCAACCGAAAACGCGGAAGGAGAUAAAGAACGUCGAGUGGUUCGCCGUAGCGGAUUUGCCCAACACAAAGAAAGAUAUGACACCCAAAGUGAAAAUCGGCGUUGGGCCAAAUGCAUUUUUCAUGGUGGUGCCGUUCGUCAAGCGGAUAAAGCGGUGGAUUCAAGAGAAACAGCAACGUGAGAGAAACGCCAUUGCAACUGUACGAAGACAAAGGCAUAAAUCGUUGGGAGAUGUCGAGACGGUUUCAAAGAACAAACGGCAACAGCAGCCGCUUUUCCAUCACUUUUCUACUUGCCCGCCACAAAGCGAGGUUCCUGAUUUCAAGAUUGGCCGUCAAUCGAACACUUCCCCGGCACGCAGUCGCCGUGGUGUAAAUGACAGCAAGAAAGAUGCGUUGAAAACGGCAUUUAAACGAAACCUAUUCGGAGAUCAGGAAGAGGAUCGAUCACCUACAGUUAAACACUUGAUAGACAGCCCUGCUCAACCGUGUUCAUUUUUAAUUGAUCCUGCGAUUCAGUCAAUCAAAUAUAAUGAUUUUACUUACAAGGCGCAACCAUUUGAAAAAGAAGCCAAAGAUUCUCGCAAGAAAAGUCUGCCGGAGGGAAACAUUAAGUCGCUGCUGUUCGGAGAAGCUGCUCGCAAAUUGCAAAAAGAUUUUAAAACCAUUCCGCCGCCCCCCUUCGUAAGUCUGGACAGUCCGUCGCCUUUAACGAAGAAUUACAUGGGCAAACAAAAUAGUCCUACCUUUGAAUUUCGCACAAAGAUUUGGGAUAAUUUUAGUUACGAUAUCCAGGCGAUACUAAAAGUUCUAAAGUAGCUACGUAUAUACAACAACU